AUGGCCCCGUACCUCAUCUACGCCUCAAAUACACAUCCAACGUUUCGCAUACCAGAACUACUCUCCCUGGCCAAGUUCAAUGCACGGCGCCUCAUCGCGCGCAGUCUCAGCAUCAAGGGAAUCUAUGCGCUCCUCGCUACAGGCAAAGACCAUGCAGCGCUGCAUGAUGCACUCAAGCAACACAUCGAGUAUCCCUUUCCUGCGUAUUGCAACGUCUCCUUCAAGUUCAUUGUCGACUCCUUUGAACGGAAACGAUCCAUUGCAGACCAGCAGGCAGUCAUCAAUGACUUUGCACAUCUCAACUGGCAGGGCAAAAUUGAUAUGAAGGCGCCAGACGAGGUAUUCUACGUUUUCGAGCACUGGUUCGAUACCUUCGUACUCGAUGUCGAAGCAACGCUACAACGUGUCUUCUUCACAAGAGCCGUGAAGAAUGCGUCUACAGCCCGGUCAAGAGGGCUCAUCUCGCAGUAUGAUCUCAAGAAGCGCGAGUAUCUCGGGACAACAUCGAUGGAUGCCGAAUUAUCUCUACUCACAGCGAACCAAAUCCUCGCCACCGACGGCGGUCUUGUAUAUGAUCCCUUUGUCGGUACAGGCAGCUUCCUCAUCGCUGCCAGUGCAUUUGGUGCUACUUGCAUCGGCAGUGACAUUGACGGCCGACAAAAGGACUCUGACUUGCAAAUUAAUAUCCAGACCAAUUAUGAUCAGUAUGAUUUCCCACAUCUCCUGCUCGAUUGUCUUGUCUUUGACAUCAAGCAUCCACCAUGGCAUACGAAUUUACAAGUCGACGGUAUCGCUACAGAUUGCCCCUACGCUAUUCGUGCAGGUGCCAAAACACUCGGCAGAGAUCUGAGCAAGCCAAAGACGCAAAAACACUAUGCGGAUCAGGACAGGAGCUUACCGUCACGAGUGCCACAGACUCAAGGUGGUGGUUUUGUUCAUCAGCGACAGGAUUACCUGCCCCCAAAGAAACCGUAUGAGCUCGAUGAGAUGAUGGCUGAUUUGCUCAAUACGUCCUUCACGCUGCUCAAACCAGGUGCUCGAUUAGCAGUGUGGCUGCCGAUACUGCCAGAAGAGGAUACCUUGCCAAACAAACUUCCGCCAUCCUUGCUCAACCACACUGGCAUGCAUCUGGUGUCUGACAGUGUUCAGAUUUUCAGUCGAUGGAGCCGUCGUUUAUUGACUUUUGAAAAGGUCAUCGGGCAAGAAAGCAUAGAUUUAGAUUCACCACAGCAUAGCGUUGCAUCUGCAUAGCAUUUAUAGUCAUCAUG